AUGAAGACCCGCACCACAGGACUUGCUGCCAUCACCGCCAAGGAGUUUGCACAGUGGAUCGACCCUCUCGAAUCAACAGCAGCACACGCAACUGCCCUUCGCUUCCGUCAACAUCAACAUCACCAGGACACCUCCUCUCUUGCCGCUGCUAAUGAGUCGCAAAAGGAGCAACUGCGUGAAAAUGGAAGGAAGGACGCCACUGACCGGAAUGUAGGCAUUGCUGUCUCGGGUGGCGUUGACAGUAUGGCCCUGGCCACCCUCUUGUCACGCCACUACUCCCCUCAGAGUCGCAGUACCCAUGGCUCAGCCACGACGAGACUCCAUGCCUUUAUUGUCGACCACAAGCUACGGGACAAUAAUAUCGUCCCGCAUGUGCUUAUGCUGGACUGGUCAACACCCGACAGCUUGGAAUUGGACCACAACCCCCACCAGGAUAGCCACCUUACUGAGACAUCUCAAAAACCAGACAAGACACAUCUCGAGACAAAGGCGCGACUAAGGCGAUACAAGGCCAUUGCCCAGCAAUGCCACGACCUCUCAAUCGAAGAUCUAUUUGUGGGCCACCACGCCGGCGAUCAAGUUGAGACGACUCUUUUCAGGUUCUCUAGAGCGAGCGGGAUUGAUGGACUUGCAGGAAUACAGAGUCUUGCACCGUUGGGUGUUUUGGCUAGUCCUGAGGCGCUGGAUAUUCGCGUUGUCAGGCCAUUACUUCAGGUGUCCAAGGACCGUCUAAGGGCAACGUGUGAAGAAGCAGGAACUCUGUGGGUUGAAGAUCCGUCAAACAAAUCGCUGGAUUAUCAACGAAAUGUGAUCCGCCACUACCAGCAGCAUCAAGAUUCUCUCGCAGGGGUGUCAGGGUACCCUCAUGUCACUCCUUGGAUCAAGGGCAUUUGGUUCGACAAUACCAAUGGCGCCUGCCAUUUUAGACUCGGAUCCAGUACAAACUCAACCCCAGCAGGAACAGAAAGCACGUCCGUGGAGUGGCUACAGCCAUCACAGAACCAUGUGUCGACUCGGCUGCUAUCAUUCCUGGUGCGAUGGGUGAACUGCAAAGAUCACAACCCCAGGUUAGAGGAUAUUCAAACCCUUCAGCAGCAUCUACGCCUGCAACAGCAACAGCAUUUGACUCCAGGACUUGGUCUACCGAUGAACUCGCUGUCUCCCACCGCCACCAAAUCGGACUCUAGCUCGUCUAGUACGAGUGCCAGCCCGACGGUCUAUCGCAAGUUGAGGCAGCGCGGACCGAAACGUGUCUCCAGCACACUUGAGGCUUCUCUGCCAAACCACCAGGAGCAGGAGCAGUCAGAAUCUUCAGACUUAGAAGGAUUAUCGGCACCGUUUGUCAGGACGCCGAUCACCAUUGCUGGCGUUAUCAUCUCUCCCCCGCGCAAGUCCAAGGGCGUGCCCGAGCACUGGACAAUCUGCCGACAGCCCUUGUCCCAUGCUGACCAACUCUUGGCAACUGUAUCUGUCCCGCUCAAGGAUGGUGUGGACGUUCUUUGGGACCAACGGUACUUCCUCAGCAUUUUCGGAUUUAAGAGAACCUUGUCAUUGCAAACAGGAUCGAGUGAGCAAGUACAGAUCCGGCCGUUGAAUGCAAAGGAUGUUGAGGUGAUACGCCGUCGAUUGCAGCUGCAUCCUCAGGAGCAGGAGGCGGAUGGGCUGAAGAGACUGGAUCAGUGGAUGGCUACUGUGCCGGGAAAAGCGCGCUUCACCAUCCCCAUCAUCCUCUCCCAAUAUGCUACACAAGAAGACGACAGAGGAGCAGAGCUGACAGCAACGCCCAACAUCCUUUCACUUCCGACACUUGGUCUCCAUUUUGGGCCAACGCAAGUCUCGUUCCGGAGCCGGUUCAAAUCCAACCCCAUUGCAAACGCCAAAGACAUGCACCAGUUUCGAUACCCCACUCUGCAGAGAUCUCAAAAUGUAGAGUAA